AUGAACGACGACGACAAUCGUACACCGGAGGCAUCUUCGGAAGAAUCUGAUGCGGAAUUUGAAGACGGUUGUGACGGUGUGAAUUAUAGUGCUCAUUUUGUGAUGAACACGUAUUUUCCAACGUUUGAAGAUGUAGUGGAAUGGGCGGAUGUUGUUUCCAUAAAUCUUGGAUUUAUUUUGGUUAAGUCGUCGUACAACAAAACUAGAGAUGGGAGGCCUUAUUGGUAUUUGAGAUGUGAUCGGGGACGAAAGAGCAAGCCGAGAGAUUUGGAGGACGUUAUUCGAACGGACACAAAGACCAAAGCUAAUGGUUGUCCUUUCUACAUCAAGAUAUACUACGAGUUUGUCACCGAUAGUUGGAAGAUCCGGGCAAGAAAUGAUGCAACUGGGACCCAUAACCAUCCAAUGAUUGUGUAUCAGGAGGGUCAUCGUAAAAUUAGUGGGUUGAGUCCGGAUGCGAAGAAGGUUGUGCGUGACAUGACGAAGUCCAAGGUUGCACCACGUAACAUCAUGGCGACUAUUGCAGAGCAAGUUCCUGAUGAUCAUCCAAACAUCAGACACAUUUACAACUGCCAAAAUGACUUCAGAACGGAGAUGUCUGAUGGGAGAGGAGUUGUUCAGCAAUUUCUUCAUUUGGAGAGACAGAGUCAGUAUCUUUACUAG